AUGUUAAGUUCUCACGUAACAAAAAUGGGUUAUACAAUUAAACAAAAAAUUGAUAUUUGUUUAAUGUCUGAAUCAAAUCCUGACAUGACUCAAGCUGAUCUCGCUAAUUGGGCUAAAAAAAAAUAUGGCACUUCAAAACCACCCUCCCAAACAACCAUCUCCAGAAUCCUAUCCAAAAAAGACGAGCUAAUCGCCCUCAAAGAACAUGAAUUCAGAUUGAUCAGAAGAAGAAAACCUUCAAACGUCCUCCUCAGAAAAAUCCUCCAGGAAUGGAUCUUCCAGUCUGUCUGGGACACUUUUCCAAUAACCAUCCCCAUCAUCCAAAACUCUGCCACCUCCCUCUGGAAAAUCCUCCCUGCAAACUCAAGAGAAGGAAAUGGUGAAUUUAGCCAUAAAUGGUGCAACCACUUUCUUGGAAAGAUGAACGUCAACCUCAACAACAUCGAAAACGAACUCAUCAAACCUCUCAAAAUAUGGUCCUUCUCCGAAAAGGACCUCCUCAAAAACUUUCUCAAACAAUUCAAAAAAUCUGACAUCUUCACCCUUGACGAGUUCUUCCUCUACUUCCAAUUGCCCUUAGACAAAAAACUCACCUACUCAAACCCCUCUGCCUCAUCGCCCUCAAAUGCACUCACCAUCAUGCUUGCCUCCAACAGCGAUGGCUCUGAGAAACUAGAACCCCUAAUCGUUGGCCACUACGAAAACAUGGCUUGCUUUGAUGGAAAACCCCCUGUCAAAAUCACAAACAAAUAUGGCGUAACCUACAAAUCAAACAAAAAGGCAUGGCUAACUUCAACAAUGUUCUACGACUGGCUAGCUGUCCUCGACAAAAGAUUGUCUAUAACAAACAGGCACAUCAUCAUCGUAAUCGACACUGCUGGCUCCCACAGAGUCCCAAUCCUCUCCCCUACCACCAAACAACAAUAG